AUAAGUCGGGGUAAAGACGACUAGCUAUGUAGCUAAAAUAGGAAGCUGUCUAGGCACAACAUCGUUGUAGGUAGCUUGGGAAGUGGCUAACGUUAGGUAUGGCGGAUAGUUGGAGCACUGAUACCGGUGAAGCUGUUUAUCGUUCAAGGGAUGCUGUCAAAAACCUGAAAAUAAGGGUACGGAUCCAGCGUGUCACCUCUACCGCAGUCCUAUCACAGCAGCUCCAGCAGCAAGUGUCGGCACAACAGGAGAGGGGCGUCAUCGAACUGGACACCUUCAACAGUCAGGCCAGAUCAGCUGGUGAUGAUGAGGAAGAGCAGGUAGUAGGCUGGCAGGAGAAGCUGUUCAGUCAGUUUGAGGUGGAUUUUUUCCGGAUGGAAUCAGUGUGUCAAAGCCCACUGGACCGACAGUACCACGGUGAAAUCACGGCUCUGGAGCGGGCCGGGGGAAGGCGGAACCACCGGAUAUUCACCUACACCGACCAUGACCGCUUCACCAACUUGGAAGAGCAACACUAUCAGAGUCUGCUUACCCCGUCCCAGGCAACACCUACCUUCUUGGUCGAGAGAAUGGCUAACAUUAGGCACAGAAGACAAGAGAGACAACGUGUGGAGGGUAAUGUUACAAAGAACCGGCCAGUCACCUGGGAGCCAUCGGAGGACUUUGUGAAGAACAGCCAUGUUAUCAGCACACCAGUGCAGACCAUGUACAUCAUGGGGGAUCUGGGGCAAUAUGGGAGACUGGGUCAGAAGGAGAACGAGCAUGUGCUAUGCACUGUGAAAGCUGACAGUAACGGAGUCAUCACAGUCAAGCCAGACUUUAACAACAGCAAAGGGUCCUAUAGGCUGGAGACGGAGGGGGAGAAGCGAGAGGUAUGGCGCCUGACCCUGGAGAAUGCGUCUGCAGACAUCAACCAGGAGGAGAAGGAGCGGGAGCAGCACAUGUACAAAGACCUCUAUGUUCGUCACAAAGACUACCUCAACAGCCUCGUUGGCCAAGACUUUGAAAUGCCUCCCCCAGGGAUUCUCCGCCUACUCGUCAAUGGAGAGAUAGUGUCAGCCAAGGGCUACGAGUACGACAACCUCUACAUCCACUUCUUCUUGGAGUUACCCAACAACUGGUCCAAUCUGCCCUUUCAGUCUCUUUCUGGAGUCACACAGACCUGUCGAACUCGCACCCUCGGCAAGGACAAUGUCGCUUUCUUCUCUCACCCUUUCAACUUUGAGGCGUUCUUCAGGAAAGAGGAUGAGACAGAAGAGUCCCUUCCCCAGUGGCCGGUGUUAUACUUUGAGGUCCUCUCCCUGGACUUUUGGCAGCGGUACAGGGCUGAAGGCUAUGGCUACCUGGUCAUCCCUGCGACCCCUGGCUGCCACUCGCUGACCUGCAGCACCUGGAGGCCCCUGCAGUGCGGGACGGUGGCGGAGCUGCGGCGCUUCUUCAUCGGCGGGGCCCCGGAGCUGGAGGACAGCAGCUACGUGCGGGUGCCAGGGACCUUCAAGGGGGAUCGACUGAGCCGGUUUGGCUUCCGCACAGAGACCACAGGAAGUGUCACCUUCACUCUGCACUGUAUCCAACAUGCUAGAGCCUUUGUUGACGCCAGCUCGCUGAAAAAGAGGAGGCAGAAUGUUCUGGACCAGCUGGGAGGCUUCAGCCAGCAAGGAUCCGUCUACAAUGUGCUCGAGGCUUUCCAAAGGGCACGGAAACGGAUGCAGGAGGCCAGAGAGAGCCUUCCCCGGGACCUCAUCAACACCACCGCAACUCUCACCCCAGAAUCCACAGCGUAGCAUAACAGCGAUCAGAAUAUACCUACUGUGCUAGGCUGCUGUGAUGCCUGACAGUAUUUAUGUAUAUGCUGCAUCUUUAGGCCUUUCUGUUAUAUAGCCAACUGGGGACCAUUUUAAUUUAAUGUAACUGGCAUAAUUACUUGAGGCUUGCAUCAUUUGUAACUGUGCAGAUUUUUAUAGAUAUAUUAUGGUUAAUGUCCUUUUGAUACUGUCGUUUUUUGCAGACCGUUUGUUUUCUUAUGAAAUAUACAAAAUGACAAAAGCUA